GGUCGGUGCAGUAUCAGCCAGACCUUUCUCUCUGUACAGACAGUGACACAGUGACCGUGUUAGUGCGGAGGGCUUGCCAUGAACCUCCAUACGGUUAUACCGCCGAUCAUAAUCGCGAUCAUCUCUACGAUCGAAGUUCAAGUCGCGGCACAAAGUGAUCAAUCGAAUUUAAGUUUUGCCGAGAAUCUUUACGCGACACUGUCCGGUGCUUGUCGAGCUAUUAUGGACCUUCAGUUCAAUUCGAUGAACAGCCAAAAUGCAAUUUUAAAAACUAUGAAAGUUAUUUAUCUGAAUGACACGGGUGUAAAAACAUUUUCCAUCGAUAAAAGCUUCCAGACGCUGACACAGCCCGGCAUGUUUGACAUCACAAAACAAACGAAAAUUAUUAUUCACGGGUACAGAGAUAAUUCGCAAUCAUCCGUGUCGUUAGAUUUAGCUCAAGGUUACAAUGAAAAGAAAAUGUUUAACGUUCUGCUAGUGGAUGCUGAGGAAAUGAUGAAUCAGCGAUACAUCCUGUCAGUGCACAACGCUCGCCUGGUGGGCAAGAGGCUCGCCAACUUGCUGGCUAAUUUAGAAACUUUCGGGGCCAGCGCAGAAGACUUCCACCUUCUGGGGAUAAGUUUAGGAGCACACAUCGCUGGAUGGACUGGGAAAUACUUCCAUAGAUACAGAUCCCGCACGAUCGGCCGUAUAACUGGCCUCGAUCCAGCCGGUCCUUGUUUCUCUUUUGCGUACGCUGACCAGAGACUGGACAAAAUGGACGCUCAGUAUGUCGACGUUUUGCAUUCGAACAGAUUAGUGCAAGGUGUAAUCGAGCCUUUAGGCCAUUCGGAUUUUUAUAUAAAUGGCGGAGGACCUCAACAGCCCGGAUGCGUAUGCCUUCCUGCAGUCAUUUACGAGCUGCGCAAAUAUACGCAGAGAGUAUAAGGAUACCUAAAUCGUUCGUUGCCAUCCAGUGUCAAAGUUGGCAGGAAUUUGAGGCGAAUGCAUGCAAAGGCAAAAAUUAUGCCGUCGUUGGAUACGGUUCCUCGGCCUCGACCCGUGGUCUUUAUUACUUAAGGACGAGCGCCAGUCC